AAUAUAAUAGCACUACAAAAACUUUUGAAUGUCUUAAUAGUAGUAUAGAUUAUUCAGGACUUCAAUCUGAAUCUAGUCAUACUAUCAUAGUUAAUCAACUCUCAGGGUUUAGUACUAUUGCAGUAUUACUUUUUAACGUUGCUGUUUAUGGUGUAACUUCUCGAUUAAAUCUUAGAAUUACUUGCAUUGUUGACGAUUUAUUAAUUCUCUCAUAUACCAAAGUAGUAGAACUUGGGUUUAAAUUUGCUAAAGGAGACAUUGAAGGAAUUCCUUUUUACAGAGAUCCAUAUAAAUUUGUUUUUCAAGCCGUUCUUUCUGAAGAACAUGCAUCUAGAUUAUUAGGUCAGCAAAGGCUUUAUCUAAAUGCUGUUUUAGAUGGUGAUGAGAAAGGUUUUGUUAAAAAUUUUCAAAGGCUUUAUCUGAAGUAUUGUCUGAUGUUUUACCUGAAGAAGCACAUUUUUACAAAAAAUCCAUUUCCGGGUAUGGAGGAGCCAAACGAACGAAAUGAUACAUUUGGAAAGAUUUACCAAGAACUUCCAGCAGAUGUAAAUGAUGAUGACAAAAUUUACAAUUACAUCCGAAUUAUCAAAGGUGGUGCAAAUAAAAUUGAUAAAGGCAUCAUAAAUAUCCCAGGCAUAAGAAGAGGAAUAUUUCAAUAUUUUACUUAUUCACAUCGAACAAAUGAAGGAAAAUAUUUUACUUAUUUACGUCGAACGAAUGAAGAUAAUGACAUGAAUAGCGGCGAAAGCAAGGAAACAAAUGUAAAAAUGUAUUGGCUUGUAAUCCCUGAUAUUUACGAAUUUGGUAAUGAUAUUAUUUAUAAUUGUAACAAAAGAUUUGAUGAAAAAAAGAAAGAUAUUGAAAAAGGAACUACAAUUAAUGAUAUUGAUGAUGAAAAUAUUAAAAAUAUCAUUGAUGAUAUUAAUGAUAUUGAUGAUGAAAAUAUUAAAAAUAUCAUUGAUGAUAUUAAAAAUAUCAUUGGUGAUAUUAAUGAUAUUGAUGAUGAAAAUAUUAAAAAUAUCAUUGAUGAUAUUAAUAAAAAUAUCAUUUACGAUAUUAUAAAUGCCUUUAAGAAUGAUGAUAAUACAGACAAUAAAGAUGAUAAACCAGACAUUGAAGACCCUAAUUAUGGUGAUAAAUCAGACAUUAGAGAGAAUAUUAUAGAGACUCUUGCUAAUCCAAAUCAUGAAAAUAUUGAAAUUUUUAAUGAUAAUUUUCUUGAUAAGUCAG